UAUUCUUUUAAUAACACUUCAAAGUACAACAUGAAAUACUACUUGGUUCUUUCCAUCUUCCUGGCUCUAUCAGCCACGGCUGUCCAAGCGGUCGAAGAAGAAGAAUCUCACGGAGAACCGGUCGACGAUGCUGUGGUCGUCGAGCCAGAAAUAGAAGACGCAGUCAUCCGGGUCACCAUCGUCGACCCGGUUGCUGACGAGGCCCUCGUGGAGGAUACUGUGGACUGCUUGUACCAGAAACCGGACUGCGUCUGUCCGGAGGUCGAGGAGCCGGUCUGCGCGGCGAAUAACUGCACUUACGGGAAUGAUUGCAAACGUCUCUGCGCCGACGCAGAAUUCGCAUACGACGGUGCUUGCCAGGAGGUCAUUGACCAUGAGGAGGUUGAAGAAUGAAGUUGACCAGUACCUACACAAUCUAGCCUUUUUUAACUAUCUUACUUAGUGCAUAUGCUCCUAAAUAUUUUCUUUUGUUCUUUGAAUGAAGUUUAAUGAAGAUUAUCUUCAAAUAACGCCCGUAUUCACAAACAUUACUAUGAGGUCUCACAGGGCGCGUGAAUGCACAGGGUGACACACGAACCAA